AUGUCCCGCUACGGUCGAGAAGAUACACCAAUGCCGACCCGAGGUAAUGGAAAUGGUCGCACACAAGAUGAAGACGAAGAUUCUAAUGCCGAAUCACCGACCCCAAGCCUUGAGGAACUAACCAGCAGUGACAAUCCAGAGGAGUUGCGAGAUUAUUAUAUUAGGCUGGUAAAUAGGGCAAGAGCACUCGGCAUUGAUAUGGAUGGAUUCGCAGAUACAUCUAACGAUGAAAUUGAUGUCCUUACUGAUGGUGAAAAUGAAGUUCUAACUGAGGAUAGGCCACGCAGAGUGUUUGGAGAAUCCGAGUUCAACACCCUGCCCGCGAUGGACGCUAACCAAGAAAUGAUCGAUUCGGGAGUUGAGUGUGCUAUUUGUCUCGGCCCACCGGAGCUUGGGGAUAAAAUUGUCGUUCUUGAAUGUGAGCAUUUAUUCCACCGCAUUUGUAUCAUCGAUUGGCUUGAUCGGCAUCCAACUUGCCCACUUUGCCGACAACGCGUCGUUCCUGUGGAAUACCGCAAUCCAACUGUUGGAAAUGAUGGGCCCGGCAAUUUGGAGGGUCGACCACGCGAGCGCCACGUUCAUUGGGCUUAG